AUGGACCCUCAAGGCGGUGAACCCCUUCCUGACGUCGAAACCAACUAUUUUAGAUCCUCCGACUAUCCUGAAGACGACAAGUCUACUCCUCACACUGGCGAUGGCGCCAAUCCUGGAUUUACUCUGUUUCUUGAGAGAAUUAUAGAAAAAUCUGUUCAGAUUUGGUUAUUUUACGUAUCUUCUGCAACACAAUUUCUUGAGCAUUUUGGUAAAUAUGGUGAAAUUACGGAUUCUAUGAUAAUGAAGGACCGAAAAACAAGACAACCUCGUGGAUUUGGGUUUGUGACAUAUGUAGAACCUUUUGUGGUUGAUAAAGUCAUUGAGGACACUCAUGUUAUUAAUGGGAAUCAAGUAGACAUUAAGAGAACAAUACCAAAAGAAGCUUCUGGAAGUAAAGAUUUCAAGACUAGGAAAAUUUUUGUAGGUGUAAUUCCUUCAACUGUAUCCGAAGGUGAUACGAAUGAGUUCAAGGAAUACUUUACACAAUAUGAAGAAGUCAGAGAACACGAAAUCAUGCGAGAUCAUGCCACCAAUCGUUCCCGUGGUUUUGGGUUCAUCACUUUUGAAACGAAACAAGUGGUUGAUGAUCUCUUGGAGAAGGGAAACAAGAUUAACUUUGCAGGAGAUCAAGUAUGA